AUGUACUUCGGAUCGCUCCCUUUUCCCACUGGUUCUAGUCCGGCAUCAGUUGCGAUCGCUGAUGUUAACAAUGACGCAAAACCUGAUCUAGUUACAGCAAAUUCUAAUCCCGGCACAGUUAGUAUUCUUCUCAAUACAGGUAAUAGCACAUUUGGUUCUCCGACUACCUAUACAACUGGCGGCUACCCAUACACAGUUGCAAUCGUCGAUGUUAACAAUGAUUCCAAACCAGAUAUAGUUACGGCAAAUUACGGUGACAGCACAGUUAGUGUUCUUCUCAAUACAGGUAAUGGCACAUUUUCGUCUAAGACUACCUAUACAACCGGCAGUUAUCCAUACUCAGUUGCGGUCGUCGAUGUUAACAAUGAUUCCAAACCUGAUAUAGUUACGGCAAAUAGAGGUGGAAGCACAGUUAGUGUUCUUCUGAAUACAGGCAAUGGCACAUUUCCUUCUCAGACUCCCUAUACAACUGGCAGUUCUCCAUACUCAGUUGCGGUCGUCGAUGUUAACAAUGACGCAAAACCUGAUAUAGUUACAGCAAAUUACGGUGACGCCACAGUUAGUGUUCUUCUCAAUACAGGUAGUGGCACAUUCCGUUCUCAGACUAUCUAUACAACUGGCAGUAAUCCAAGCUCAGUUGCAGUCGUCGAUGUUAAUAAUGACGCGAAACCUGAUCUAGUUACAGCAAAUUCUGGUGUAAACACAGUUAGUGUUCUUCUCAAUACAGGCAAUGGCACUUUCCGUUCUCAGACUAACUAUACAACUGGCAGUACUCCAAACUCAGUUGCAGUCGUCGAUGUUAAUAAUGACGCGAAACCUGAUAUAGUUACAGCAAAUUCUGGUGUAAACACAGUUAGUGUUCUUCUCAAUACAGGUAAUGGAACUUUCCGUUCUCAGACUACCUAUACAACUGGCCGUAAUCCAAGCUCAGCUGCAGUCGCAGAUGUUGAUAAUGACGCGAAACCUGAUAUAGUUACGGCAAAUUACGGUGACGGCACAGUUAGUGUUCUCCUCAAUACAGGUAGUGGCACAUUUCCUUCUCCGACUGCCUAUACAACUGGCAGUAAUCCAAGCUCAGUUGUAGUCGUCGAUGUUAACAAUGAUGCGAAACCUGAUCUAGUUACAGCAAAUUCUGGUGUAAACACAGUUAGUAUUCUUCUCAAUACAGGUAAUGGAACUUUCCGUUCUCAGACUAACUAUACAACUGGCAGUAAUCCAUACUCAGUUGCGGUCGUCGAUGUUAACAAUGAUUCAAAACCUGAUCUAGUUACAGCAAAUUACGGUGACAGCACAGUUAGUGUUCUUCUCAAUACAGGUAAUGGCACUUUCCGUUCUCAGACUACCUAUACAACUGGCAGUAAUCCAUACUCAGUCGCGGUCGUCGAUGUUAACAAUGAUUCCAAACCUGAUAUAGUUACGGCAAAUAGAGGUGGAAGCACAGUUAGUGUUCUUCUGAAUACAGGCAGUGGCACAUUUCCUUCUCAGACUCCCUAUACAACUGGCAGUUCUCCAUACUCAGUUGCGGUCGUCGAUGUUAACAAUGACGCAAAACCUGAUCUAGUUACAGCAAAUUUCGGUGACAGCACAGUUAGUGUUUUUCUGAAUUCAGGUAGUGGCACUUUCCGUUCUCAGAUUAUCUAUACAACUGGCAGUAAUCCAUACUCAGUUGUGGUCGUCGAUGUUAACAAUGAUUCCAAACCUGAUAUAGUUACAGCAAAUUCUGGUGUAAACACAGUUAGUGUUCUUCUCAAUACAGGUAAUGGCACUUUCCGUUCUCAGACUAACUAUACAACUGGCCGUAAUCCAUACUCAGUCGCGGUCGUAGAUGUUAACAACGAUGCGAAACCUGAUCUAGUUACAUCAAAUUACGCUGAUGCCACAGUUAGUGUUCUCCUCAAUACAGGUAGUGGCACAUUUCCUUCUCAGACUAUCUAUAUAACUGGCAGUCAUAUAUACUCAGUUGUAGUCGUUGAUGUUAACAAUGAUUCGACACCUGAUAUAGUUACGGCAAAUUACGAUACAGGCACUGUGGGUAUUUUGUUUCAUUGCUAA